CGAGAACUGUCAAACUGACAAGUGACAUUUAUCGGCUGUGGCGACCCGAACACAACCUAAAGUCGUAAAUUUAACAUGAACAGUUUGGCUCGGAGUCUGCAGCCGAAGCGUUAACAAUGGAUCGAAUUCCGGGUCAAACAGGUUAUCUUCUCCUGAACGAAGAAGGGGCUGUUUUGGCCUCGUCCGGCGACCUGGAGAAUGACGAAAAAGCGGCUGUUAUUAUAAUGGGUUUAAUAAACCUAACGUCGUACGUAGACAAGGCUGCAUUCCCCGACGAAAGUUUCAAGAAACUCUCGAUCACCUACGACAAACACUGCUACGUCAUCUGCUUGUCUAACCGCAAAGUGCACGUGGUGAAGAAGACCCUCACUAGCGACAAUCCCGUCGUAGCGUAAACGUCAACAUGGAUAUUAUUUUAUACUGUACGAAAAUGAAGUACAUGCAGAUCGUUAUUCUCGUGGGGGCGAUCGGUUUCUCACUCUAUCAUUUGUAUAUUUUGUUAAAUACUUUGAAUAAAUAAAUGUGUCGAUGUCU